CUUCUUCCUUGCUUUCCUUCUCUGUUUCUCUCUGUAUUCUCUAUUGCAUGGCAACAGCAUCAAAGUCACCUGAUUCAUCUUCCAAUAUGGAUAUCGUUAUUGAAAGAAAUCCUCCAAAGUCAAGGUUAUCAGAACUAGGAAUCACAUCAUGGCCUAAAUGGGGCUGUCCACCUGGAAAAUAUGCGCUGAGAUAUGAAGCAAGACAGACAUGCUACCUGCUCCGGGGAAAAGUGAAGGUUUAUCCAAAAGGGUCACCGGAGUUUGUAGAAUUUGGUGCAGGAGACCUUGUGACCAUCCCUAAGGGCCUUAGCUGCACUUGGGAUGUAUCAGUUUCCAUCGACAAGCAUUACAAGUUUGAUUCUCCAUCUUCUCCAUAAGUCUUUUUACUUAGGACCUAAUCAUGGGUUAGUCUUCCUAACCAUGAACAUGAAAUUCUAUUCAGGCAAAAAAGAUUAUAUAGAAGAAAAAAAAGUGCUCAGGAAGCAUGCGAGACCCUCCUAGGUUUUCUGUUUCUUGAUGUAAUUUCUUUCCUUAUGAUAGAUCAGACUAUCACUAUUAAAUAUACCUUAACUUCUCAGUUCGAAACUCA